AUGCCAACAACUACAACUCACCCCAAGAAAAAGGACAAGAAGUCGAAGAAGAGGAACGUGUUUGGGCGUGCUCUCCUGAGUGGAUACGUGCCGAUACCCAAAGGACAGGAGGUCACUAUCGACACCGCUAUUGAGGCCGUCGAGGCUGUCUCAAAGAGAUCCAUAAAGAAACCCUAUAAAUGCAAGGUUUUAGACUCAGUCACCUACCUGGUGGUGAGGCGAAAAAACGUGGUUGAUACUGGCAAGCCCUGGAAACUGCGCGUCCCCUACCUAGAAAUCUAUCGUUACUUCAUAUUCGCCCGUGAUCCGUGUCUUGUGGUCCUGGUGAUUCCGGAGAAGACUAGCGGAUAUCUAGCUUAUCUGAUGUUAACCAUGGAAACACCGGCACAGGCAUCGGCCAUCUGUGACGCCAUCCAGAAG